AUGAACAUUGAAGAAAAGGAAGAGGAUGACAACAAAAAUGAUGCUGAAUAUGAAGCUGAAAUACUGACCGAGGCUAGUACCGUUCGUGACGAUGGUGACACAGCAAAGGAAUGGGUGAGGACAACAUUGGGUGAGGACAAUAUUAGAAUGACAGCAUUGAAACGAAAAUUCGGGCGCAAAUUUCCUAGAUGGAUCAAAGUCUGCGCGGCCGACAUCUCCACCCAGUUCGGUGACUUUCGGAGUUCAAUACCUCUUUAUAUCACUUGGGAUGAUCUUCUUGGGAGAUUACUUUCUCUCGAUGCGAUUCAUUCGCAAGCUAUAUUUCGAGAAUCAAGUCAACGAUUUAACGUAGAUCUUUUCAGAUAUCCGAAUCUAUUCCCCUGUGGCUAUCUAAAGGAAGCAUUUCUUCAAACACUGAUAAAAUUAAUUCUAUUUAAAUACUUUCCCCCCCUAUCCGAGAAGAGCAGAUAUUACGUUGUCUGUAUCGAACAGGAAGAACUUCGAAGAGAUGCCCUGAUGAAUAAAGAAAGGAAUGAAAGAUGCAAACCAGACGAAAUUGUCCAUAAACUCUCAUCUCAACAUUCCAUCGCUCAUGCUGAGGGAAGUACUCCCUCAAAUUCCACUCAGGAAACAAGAUAUAAUUAUCCUAGCUUUUUUUCUAAUCAAACCUACAUCCAAAGUUUUAUACUGGGUAGAAGAAGUUGCCAAAUUGUAGGGCAUAAACCUGCUGAAAAUUCAUAA